GCACCGCCCAAACAUACAAACUUCAGAUCUUCAGAUCUUCAGAUCUUCUCCCAACUUCAAAGUUGAACACUUGACGUAUAUUUUCUCAAAUACUUUGCGAUAUCCAAAUUCACCCUUGUACCCUUUUAUCUGGAGUGUCAAGUUUUGGUCCAUUCAUUCACUCACUAGAUUGGGCUUCUUUCACGUUCUUUCACGACCCCUCUUCUCGUGAUUUUUACCAUCCUCUCAACUUCUUCUGAGAAUCAUCUCCAUAGAUCAACUCAACUCUUUACCAUACCUUUCAACGAAGCCCAACUAAAUUACGCUGCAAGAUACACCCAAGAUGUUUCGUCGACUGCCCUCAGGUCUUCCAAAAGAUCCUAAAUUUGAACCUACUCUUGAGGGGCUUGGAUACUUCAUCAACGAGAAAGAUGAAAUUCGAUCUAUCGAGAAUCCAAAGGCUUACUUCAAGUUCUUCCUUACCAAAAAUGAUCGAUACAAUCAAUUGCACCGUGAAGCUAUGAAUCAUGCCAUCCGUGAUAUAGUAAUGGAACGUCUUCUCAGCCUUGGCCUUCAAAAGAUCCUUCUUCCUCUCAAUGUUGCGGAAACUUCUCCACAUAUCCACAUUCUAACAUCUUCCAAUCUUUCCACUGCCACUCGAGUCAUCGUUCUAUUCUACGAACCUAAGGAUGAUCUUGGAGUUCUGGCUCAUCGUGUCUUGGGUGGGGCAGGUGGAAUCGACACUGGCUCUGCCGUAAAUAUGGUCAAGUAUAUCCAAGAGAAAGAUGCAGCACCCGGUGAAUCUGAGCCACCAGCCAUCAUUCUCGCUAAUAUGGGCCAAAUCUAUUGGUACCGUCGUGGCCGAAAGCCUGUCUCCUUGAUGACCUGGUCCGCAUUACCUCAAUCUAGUUGUGUCGAGAAAACCACCCGCCUUGAUGCUAUCAAAAAUACAGUUCCCGGAAAUCGUAAUACAGAUGAACAUAUCGAUUAUAUUUUCAACCAUGUCAUUGAGGAACUUAUGCCAAAGGUGGCUAAAAUCGAUGUAAUUGGGGUUUCUGAAGGUGCCAUGGGGGUAACACGCUUCUUGGACAAACUGGAAAAUUGGAAGAAGUGGGGAUCCCGCAUGCAAGCUUUCGCAGCUUUAGCUACAUGGUGGCAAUCUAUUGAUUACAGUAAUCCCCUUCUUCUCGAAUGGAUGCAAGCCCGUGGCCGUGUCUACUUGAACUCUCCUGAGCCAGCAGGUACCUACCUCGCAGGUCCUGAUGGCACUCGACGUGUCAUGGCAUUUGGAUCUCCAGUCUUUAGUCUGAGUGAACCUUAUUAUACCGAAUGUCUUUUGCCUAAAGGUUAUCGUACGGUCAUUGACUUCUUCCAAGAGGUUGCGGAUUGGGACAGUCAAGGCGGAAAGUAUGUAAAUCCAAUUUUUGUGAGAAUGGAUGAUGGAGAAGAAGACUGUGAAGACAUGGGCUUUGGCGAUGAGGGGUUUGGUGACGAAGAAAGACAGGAUGGAAUUGAACUGAAAAUUGAGAAUGGGGAAGUCGACACGCGGGUUGAUUUGUAAGGUCUUUUUCAUGCUUUGGUACAUGAGCUACUAAGUAGACCACUGGUUUCUCCUACACUUGGCGUGACCGGCUUAAUGCUAGGAGACAACAGAACAACACGGCAUAUAUGGCCUGCUGGCUCAAUUGCAAAUGGAGACCAUGGGAUGUUUCGAAAGCCUAGUGGUCAUUGUCUUGAAAUGACCAAUUCGACGGCAUGGGCUGACGCCAAUGAAGUUUUGGGGAUAAUUGUCGUAAACAUAUCUCAGAUUUCGUGGGAAAAAGCAAUGACUUGCAGAUAUCAAUGAUCAAAGAUUAUUACAAGAUACCUACAUGAUGACACGGUAUUCAUGACAAUAUUCGAAUAGUACCUUGGCUUA